CGCGCCACCGUUCGGGGCAGGACGGGUUCCGGGGUCCUGAGCUGGGGAGGGGAUGGAGGCGACCUUGGAGCAGCACCUGGAGGACACAAUGAAGAAUCCAUCCGUUGUUGGAGUCCUGUGCACAGACUCACAAGGACUUAAUCUGGGCUGCUGUGGGACGCUGUCAGAUGAGCAUGCUGGAGUGAUAUCUGUUCUAGCCCAGCAAGCAGCUAAGCUUACCUCUGACCCCACAGACAUUCCUGUGGUGUGUCUAGAAUCAGAUAACGGGAACAUUAUGAUCCAGAAACAUGAUGGCAUUACAGUGGCAGUGCACAAAAUGGCCUCCUGACUCUCUGCUCGGCUCUCCGCACCUAUCACAGGAACUUGGUCCUGCGUGUUACAAACUAGUAAAGUUCCCAUAGUUAGACCCUUCAUUUGAUGUGCACUGCGUACUAUCCUAUUUAUUUCAGAGUUAGUUGCUUUUUCACACCAUGUGGACAGACCUGUUAAGUUUUAUUAAGGAUCAUGUUGUAAAGCAGAUCCGAGUUAUUUGUGUUAUAAUUUUUGUUAUGUCGAAUAAAUCUGUUUGAAGGAAA